UCGAGGAAAUUGCGUUUUUGUGGUUCUUCAUUCUUAUUGUUUUUGUGCAUUAAAUCAACGAUGCAUAAAUAUCGUGACCAUGAAAACAAUGGGGGGCAUACUGCCUUUUAAUAUCUAGUAAAUUUCAGCCUCAAAUUCAGCAUCAAGGAUUUAGUUGCCCGGAAUUUAAUGUCCUGUGUACUUCAGGUAUUGUUUUGGCAUUUAACGGAUGCCACACAGGUCACACCACGGGAACGAUGCGGGCAUAUUGGAAAAGCAAAUGUUACAAAAUUAUGUUCUUACUUAUUUUAGUUGUCGUUAUAAUAAGUUUUAGGGAACAACCAAAGACGAGGCGGAAGGCAAAGCAUCCUAUUGCAGCUAAUGCGAAAGCACUUCACCGUGCCUGCCAGUUACCGGAGCUGAAUCCAUUUGCACAAGAAAUACUUAGGUACAUCUCUACAGGAAAGGUAUCAAAAAUAUUUUGUCCGAAAGAGUACUUCUCGAGCGUUAGAAAUGGACAUUUGUAUCUAAAACUAAAUGGUGUUUCAAAUGCAUACUACGAGUAUAUCAGGCGGCCUGUUAACAAUGACAACAGAGUACAGUAUGGCGAGAAAACGAUGAUUCCGAUCCCUUCUGGGGGCCUUGUUGACUUUCAAUUGAAACUUAGCGAGGAUUUCGUAAGGGUAACGUUUACAAAGGACAAUAAAAGAUAUGAGGAAUUUCAUGCAGGGAUAGUGGAGAAGAACGACGUUUUCAAAAGAGCAAAGUUGACAAAGAUCGAAGCGAAGUUGCCAUACAACAUAGCUUUGCUUAUGGUAGAUUCUCAAUCUGCUUCUCAUUGGAAGAGAAGGAUGCCUAAGAUUUACAGCUAUCUGAAAAACGAUAAAAAUACGUUUAUCUUCGAUGGUCACACAAUUGUAGGAGAUGGAACAACAGCACAGCUAAGUGCGAUACUUGCUGGAGGAUUCGAAUGUGAUUUUGGAGAAAGUCGUCGUGGUUACAGGGGUGCCGAACCGGUUGAUAAAUGGCCGUUCAUAUUCAAAGAUUUUAUCCAACGAGGCUAUGCUACAAUGUUCAACGAAGACGAUCCCUGGUUUGGAGCAUUUAGUUAUCGCCUGCUAGGAUUUGAAAAACCACCCACUGACCAUUACAGCAGAGUGUUUUGGCUGAAUGCAAAAAUACAAAAAAAUAAGACUAGGGCUUGUCAUGGAAACAACCCUAUAUUUGUAACUAGCUUAAACUAUUUACGAGAUUUUCACGAGAAGUACAAAGUACUGCCCAAGUUCUCAAUGACUUUCUUGUCCACGAUGUUUCAUAAUAACAUGGAAACACUUUAUAGUCUCGAAGACCCUCUUCUGUCAUUUCUUAAAGAAAUGAAAGCAGCUGGGCAUCUAGCAGACACUGUGCUUGUUCUUUUAAGUGACCAUGGAGCCAGAUAUGGAAAUUUUCGCGAAACAUUGACAGGAAAAUUGGAAGAGAGGUUACCAUUUCUUUCUAUAACAAUGCCAUCAAAACUACUUGAAAAGCAACCGCAAUUCAAGACAGCAAUGAGACAUAAUACGAAAGUGCUUACAUCACACUUUGACCUACAUGCAACUCUGAAACAUUUCUUUACUUAUCCAUACCAUCCCAAGGUAACUAUUGGCCAAAGUCUGUUCACAGUCAUAGACGAAACAACACGUGUUUGUGAAUCGGCAGGCGUGAAGGAACAUUGGUGUCCUUGCCUCGAAUCUACUGAACUGAACACGACAGACCCCGAAGUUAUCGCUGUUGCAAGAAGUUUUAUACAGUUCGUUAAUAGGGAAUUCUUGUGGAAAAAUCCAGAAGCAUUUCGAAAAUGUGAAAGACUUGCAUUGAAAGACAUACAUCGGGCUGCAACGAGUAUGCCAAGAAAGGCGGUUCAAGAAUUUAGAGAAACAGCCAAAACGGCAAAAUCUGAUGAGGGGAAAGUUGUAUUUGGGAAAGGAGUGAAUUUAUUAAAAAGCUACCAAUUGGUAUUAUCCGCUUUUCCAAGUAAUGCAACCUUUGAAGUUUCCCUGAAAACGAAAGAGAAUAAAAUUUUUGACGAACCAAUAAUAAGUCGUAUAAACAAAUACGGGGACCAACCAAAAUGCUUGCAAGACAAAUACCCAAUGCUGAGGAAGUAUUGUUACUGCAAACAUGGCAGCCUAGCCUAGUUAUGCAUAGCUGCAUCUCAAAAAGUGAAUUGCUAUCUUGCAAAAUUUAGAGGUUUGUUACAAUGUGUUAUUGCAAAUGCGCUGGUCUGCCAACCGUUUUUGCAACUUGCAAGUUAUUUUCUUUGCAUUUCAUCAAAUGGUUAUAGACUAUCUGCGUAGAACAUUUUUGCCGAUGAUUUUAAAGAAUCAAGCGGUGCUCCUGUUUAUUUCUAUCACAAAGUUGAAGUGAUGUACAACCAAAGGACGGAUAUUGGCAGCAAGGGUUGUAAAUAUUGAUAAUGAUUGGGUUUAGGUGCCACACCCUCGCAGUACCUUGAAAAUGAUGGAAACACCCAUGUUUAAUAUUCAGUUUUUAGUUUUAUUGAUAAAGAAGAUAAGAAGAUAGAAAAAUGCUUUUUGCAUUAUCCGAUGACUACUGAUACAAUGGCUACCAACAAAUACUUUUUUUCGAAUCAAGGCAAAAUUUAUAGGAAAAAACAAUAAUGUUGGGGGCUGACACACACUUUACACUACCCCCCGGCAAAUCUGUCCAUAAUUUUCUGAUGCCAUGAAGUGGGCCAUGUAUUUUUUUUGCCUUCGUAAAAUAUUUGCAAUUUUCGUUGAUAAUUCCACGAGAAUUUGGGACAAUCUCCAUACCCCCUUUGAAUUGAAAAAAGACUGGAUCUAGUUUUAAACGCGCAAAAAAGAAAGCUCUGUGUAAUGUUGCCGGGUGGCGAAGAGCGUAAUUUUUGAAAGUUCCAUUAAUGUUUUAUUAAAAUUACUUUCAAAGCUGUGUAAUAUAGAGUUUUUGGGGCAUAUUAACCUUUUUUAAACUUUUUUUUGUGCUCUAGCAUUGUGUUAAUGUAAAAAGUUGAUGUUGACUAUUGAUGUAAAAAGUUGUAAUGUUAUCGCUGACAGAUUGAUAAACUCAUCGAAAGAAUAAAAAAAGGAAAGACUUCGUGAAGUAAGAAAACUACAGUCAAGGGUAUCUAAACAGCAAGGCAUUUAAGAUUUGAUUGUGCAAGCCAAGGAAUGAAAUGAAAUUACUUCAAUGGCUUUCGCAAACUAUUUGAAAGCUGUUGAUACAAUAAAUUGUUAUACGCUAUUACAUUAAGUGCGUGGUCUAAGUUUUUAGAGCUUUUAAAGUCCUUUCUUGAAUGGUUUUUAAACAAGUUGGUCAAUUGUCACCUAUUUGUUCAGGUCACUAAAGAGCUAGGUUCGAUUUGACUAGAUUAUGAAGGUCGAAGCUAAGUGCCCCAUUACUUUUAAUAAAAUAAUUGAAGAAUUGUUUUGCUCCAGACUCACUGUCAAUACUUUUUGAAAUCGAUAUUAUCUCAAGGGUUCUGAAUUCUGAAGUUCUAUCGUGUUAUGAAAGUCAAAGCAAAGUGCCCUAUUACUUUUUAUAAAAUAAUUGAAGAAUUGUAUUGCUCCAGACUCACUGUCAAUACUUUUUGAAAUCGAUAUUAUCUCAAGGGUUCUGAAUUCUGAAGUACUAUCGUGUUAUGAAAGUCAAAGCAAAGUGCCCUAUUACUUUUUAUAAAAUAAUUGAAGAAUUGUAUUGCUCCAGACUCACUGUCAAUACUUUUUGAAAUCGAUAUUAUCUCAAGGGUUCUGAAUUCUAAAGUACUAUCGUGUUAUGAAAGUCAAAGCUAAGUGCCCUAUUACUUUUUAUAAAAUAAUUGAAGAAUUGUAUUGCUCCAGACUUAGUGUCAAUACUUUUUGAAAUCGAUAUUAUCUCAAGGGUUCUGAAUUCUAAAGUACUAUCGUGUUAUGAAAGUCAAAGCAAAGUGCCCUAUUACUUUUUAUAAAAUAAUUGAAGAAUUGUAUUGCUCCAGACUCACUGUCAAUACUUUUUGAAAUCGAUAUUAUCUCAAGGGUUCUGAAUUCUGAAGUACUAUCGUGUUAUGAAAGUCAAAGCUAAGUGCCCUAUUACUUUUUAUAAAAUAAUUGAAGAAUUGUAUUGCUCCAGACUUACUGUCAAUACUUUUUGAAAUCGAUAUUAUCUCAAGGUUUCUGAAUUCUGAAGUACUAUCGUGUUAUGAAAGUCAAAGCUAAGUGCCCUAUUACUUUUUAUAAAAUAAUUGAAGAAUUGUUUUGCUCCAGACUCACUGUCAAUACUUUUUGAAAUCGAUAUUAUCUCAAGGGUUCUGAAUUCUAAAGUACUAUCGUGUUAUGAAAGUCAAAGCUAAGUGCCCUAUUACUUUUUAUAAAAUAAUUGAAGAAUUGUAUUGCUCCAGACUUACUGUCAACACUAUUUACGACGAAGAUUAGUAAGAUCACUCUGACUUUGAUGGUGACAUCUGCCGGAAUCUAAAUAACUCAAGCACAUUUGAUAAUCAACUGUCACUUCUUCAAAAUGUAGAAGAAGUUCUUACUUGUUGGUCACCUACAUCACUUCAUAACUUGCGUUGAUCAAUUUUCAAUGAAAUACCAAAAAAAUUUGAGAUGGUUUGCUUGGCAUAAAGGAAUGCUUUUGGGGUUUCAUUAGAGGUAGGCUCGACCACUGGUGGGAAUUUAUUACUUAUUUUGACUAAAAAUGGUGCAUACGAUCAGGUCACUGACAAUUCAAUGCCUAACGGUCCGAUAAAGUCGUCUGUCUAAUUCUAAUGCCUAGCUAGAGGUUUUCAAGGGUCUGUCAUUUGUCCUAUUCUUCUUGGUGUGUACAUUUAAUCUUAAAAAUAUUGACAUACUUUCAAAGACAUUACCUUAACCUGAUGAAGAUACAGGAAGAAAGAAAAUGUUGCUCAGUCAAAAACCAAACGAUUGCAGGCCCCAUUGAAAUUCAUGCCCUUAUUGUA